AUGUGGGUUACCUUCAAAAUACCAACUUUCAGGACAGGGGUUGUGACGGAUCCUUCAAGGGAAGAGAGUGGGUGUUCGAGUGGUGUGGAGUGCAUCCUUGGCAUUCUAAGGGCCCUUAAAAUGGGGUCCUGCUUCUCUGCGGAAAGCAGGAGCCCUCAUCCCACUUCACCCUCUUCAUCUCUCAGGAAGCGCAAGAACAGCUCCAAGAAGAGGCUUGGAUCAAGAGCUUCUUCCUUUGAGUAUUGGAGGAAUGAGCCUCUUCAUAGGAUCCCUGGGAGGAUCUUCCUCAAUGGCUCUUCCCAAGUUGCAUCCUUGUUCACUCAGCAAGGCAAGAAGGGUACCAACCAGGAUGCCAUGGUUGUUUGGGAGAACUUUUGUUAUAGACAAGAUACUAUUUUCUGUGGAGUUUUUGAUGGCCAUGGUCCAUUUGGUCACAUGGUUGCAAAAAGAGUGAGGGAUUCUCUUCCUCUAAAACUGAAUGCCCAAUGGGAACUUCAUGUUUCUGGUGAGGAAGUCCUCAAGGAGAUUAGCGUUAAUACUGCAGCAGGCAUGAAUUUAGAAGAGGCUGUCUUUGCAUCUGCUGAUGAGGAUUCCCGGGUAUCUGUUGAUGCUGUAGAAACAGAAAAACACCCAGAAAUCUUUCAGACACUUAAGGAAUCCUUUUUGAAAGCAUUCAAAGUUAUGGAUAGGGAACUGAAGACCCACCAAAGUAUUGAUUGUUUUUGUAGCGGAACAACAGCAGUAACUCUGAUUAAACAGGGCCAUGAUCUUAUCGUUGGAAAUGUUGGUGACUCUAGAGCUGUGUUGGGUACAAGAGACAACGAUGAUUCUCUUGUUGCUGUCCAGUUAACUGUGGAUCUGAAACCCAAUCUUCCAGCCGAAGAAGAGAGAAUUCGCAAAUGUAGAGGCCGCGUUUUUGCACUUCAGGAUGAACCUGAAGUAGCUCGAGUCUGGUUGCCAAACAAUGACUCACCUGGCCUUGCCAUGGCCAGGGCAUUUGGUGAUUUUUGUCUUAAAGAUUUUGGCUUGAUAUCUGUCCCAGAGAUGUCAUACAGACGACUCACCGAAAAAGAUGAAUUCAUUGUCUUGGCAACAGAUGGGAUUUGGGAUGUUCUCUCAAACAAAGAAGUGGUGGACAUAGUGGCAGCCACAUCAAGGCGUUCGUCUGCGGCACGAGCACUGGUCGAGUCAGCAGUUCGUGCAUGGAGGUACAAGUAUCCAACCUCCAAAGUUGAUGACUGUGCUGUGGUGUGCCUCUUUCUGGACUCAUCCUCACACAAAGUGUGCACUGCUUCCAAUGUCAAGUCCAAGGAGCAACCUAGUUCGACCAUCCAAGUCCAUAAUGGCAACAUGGAAGACGUUUCAGCUCCAACCGGGCUGGCAAGGUCAGGAACAUGCAGGGAGAACAAUGAAGAGAACAACACCAAUGAGGAGGAGGAGGAGGAGGAAGAGUGUAAGCAAGAGGAAAUAGAUCCUGAGUCAGAAAUAGAGUGGUCUGCUCUUGAAGGAGUGUCUCGUGUGAACACAUUGCUAAACCUCCCAAGGUUUGAACCUGACACAGAAGACAAGGGUAUCAGAAAUAAAAAAUGA